AUGACCCGAAUUAGAGAGACAGGUGCAUCGCUGUCAUCCACGACCAACGAUGGCACCUAUCAUGGUACAACCUCAUCCAAGAGAAAUACAUUGGAUUUAAGAGGUGUCAUUGGAAAAUUCAAAACAAAUCCAUCUUCUUCAUCCUCUUCACAUCAACACAAUGGAAACUCUGUACUCAACCAAAUCAUUGCCGAUGAACAAAAUUUUCAUUUACAUCCAAUUACAGAGCAAGAAGGAACUUCUUCGGAAGGGGUGAAUGAUUUGAGUUUUCCUGUUCCUCCAGGUCGAUUCAAAGUUCAAAUUUCCAACACAACAGCCAUGGGUUUAAAACUCUUUUCGUCGGUUAUAUUGCGAGCAGAUGUAUCGUGUCAGUCAUCGGGAUCUUCCAUCAUGUCCAAAGAUGAUGAUCAAUUAUGUAAUUCAGAUAAUAUUGAAAAAGGAGGUUCAUGGAGUACAUUAAUUUCUACUCCAAUGGACUCUCAACAAUCCAUCAUUCGAGUUACAUUGUUUUGUGAGCCACCCGAUUCCAAGUGCAGUUACAAAAUUACCAUUCAUCAAAUAUUUAAUGUUCUUCAUACGAAAGGCUUUGAACUCGGAAAGGGAGAAGAAAAUGAUUAUAAUUUUGAAUUGCCAAUGGGACAAUAUCAUAUUCUUGUUCAUUCGUCAUUCAGAAAAAGAUAUUACGGAAUUGAAAUAUUACCACAACCUAUUGUGGCAAUUAUUGAGGAAGAUACAGAUCAAACCAAUCUCACACAACCAUUGAAUGUGAAAGUUUCUGCUUUCAGUAACAAACCAGUGAAGGGAAGAUUAUUAAUUUUGCAAUCAAUUGGAGCUAUGGAACUCAAAAGAAUGCUCGAUAGUGAACAACGUGUCACAAUUAAUGAAUACAAAUCUCUCAUUGAUGACUGUUAUACAGAUAAGAAUGUAGAAUCUCUUACAGAUUUAGAGACCAUGCUCGGCGAUUUAUUAGAGAAAAAAGGUCUUCGCUAUCAACCAAUUCAUUCCUAUGUUCAAGCAAUGAAAAAACAUUUAAUCGAAUCUCAAGAGCUUGAAAAAGAAGUCAAAGAACUUGUGAUGAAUAAGAGCUUGAAAUCAUCUCAACUCGAUCAAAUGCAAUCACAAUUCAGAAAAUUACGUCAUUUAGUGGAAAAACACAAAUUAGAUACAAAAAUUAUUAUUAAUCUUUCAGAGGAAGAAAAAAAGGUCACACACUACAAAGAAAUUCUGAAAAGAUUAAAGAUUACACAAGUCGUCUGA